GUGUUCCCCAUGAUAUAAGGUGAAGGUCGAUACCAACGUGAAUGUAAACAGGUUCAGAUUGAAAUGGGAUUUCCACUGUAAUUAUUACAUUGUGUUUUUUUACUUAUACUGAUUUUAAUAUUAACGGGAAACAGGUGUGGAGAGACGAGAUAUACGAAAGAACACAAGACUGAAACAAUGUCGGCCAGUCAGCCUGAGGGCGGGUCCAAGGGCGGGUCCCAGGGCGUGGCUACUAUUGACCACGAAGAGGUGCACGUUAAUCUGGGUAGUAAAACAAACAACGGAGACGGGCAGCCGGUUGUCACCAACCAACCGACAGUCAGUUAUAACAACAAGCAAGAUGGGGCUCCACCCAUUGUAUUCCAGGCACCCCCGGAUGACAAGGACAAACCGAAAGAUUUUGUGAUGACGUCAUGUGCUGUUCUACUCUUCUGUAACUUCAUCUUCGGUUUCCUUGGUUACCACUUUGGAGUGAAAGCAAACCACGCAUGGCAGCUGGGAGACGAAUCAACGUCACGCCACCAUGCCAAGAAAGCCCUCAUCUUUGUGAUAUGUGGCGUGGUGUGUGGAGUGUGUACGUAUGUUCUGGCCAUCACACUCUAUCUCACCCUGAAUAAAAGCAACAUUGUCUGAGAGGUAGCCUGGUGUCGCAGAGUUGUGACGUCACACCACCUCAUCUUGAACAAGAGCAAUUUUACCUGAUAUGUAGUCUGAUAUCGCGGACUUGUGACGUCACAGUUCCUCAUCCUGAACAAGAGAAACUUUGAGAAUUUGCCUGGUAUUGUGCAGUUGUGACGUCACCCAUUAUCUCAACGCCAAUAAGGACUUAUGGAUUUAUGACGUCACACUUACCUGUCCCGUCAUGCCACAUUUUCUGAGCUCUACCUUUGUGUUAAUAUAUUUAACCUUGUGACGUCCUACCUAACCUCGCCAUCAACAAGAGCGAUUUUCGCCAGACUUUGUGAUGUCACAAUCUACGUCACUCUGACUCCUAACGAACACAAAUGUCUCGAGUUUAUUCUUAAUUAGACUGGCCACCGUCUCUAGAAUAUUGAAUUAUUAAGAAAAAAGUUUAACUCAAUUUUUUUUGAUCACUUGUAUGUCUGAUUCUAGAAUAAGUUCUAAACUAGGGGGAGAUAAGCUAGUAGUAAAAUGCAUCUGAGAAAUUCUUCAUAAAAACUUUGGGGAUGGUAGCCAGUCUAAUUUUUAAUAUGAUAUCAAAAUCUCGUUCUCCCUGUUGUUCAAUAGGCAGCUCCGCCAUGAUGAUGUUUCCUCUUCGAAUUCCAUAUAGCAUUUCUUCAAAUAUUCCAUCCUAUCUAAUGUCACGUCAGUAUCAGAUUACAGAAGCUUGCGGGGUAAAUGUGUCGAUAACCAUCUGUUUUAUACUUCUCGUUCCAGUCGGGGUCUUCUGUUGCGUUCCUCACUACUUAAGAAAACAUAAUGCAGCGUAUUUACCUUGUCACUUCGAUUCACUUAUCACCAAAUCACAUGAACAAUGGCCUAUUAUGAUAAUAUUUUUCCAAACGAAUUUAUUUUAAUGUGAGCUGUUUUUCAGAUCGAGAUUUGGGCGAUGUUGUUGGUGUAUUUGAGGGAUGUCUGGUUUCUACAGGAGAUAGAUUGACAGUCAGCAUAGUAUUGGGUUUAUACAACAAGAGGCAGACUAGUCAAACACUUACAUAUCCAUGUCAUUGUCGGCAUUGCUCAUUAUUUAAAUGUUUACAUACAUUGUCUCCAGGUCAGUGAAAGAUUCUUAAAAUAUCUUUGUACUUAAGGUCAUAUGUAGUGUUCUAGUGUUUAGUUACAUUCUAUUUUUAAUCAAUACCAGUCAUUUUGUUGUAUAGUCCUUUAUAUUGAUUUUGAUGAUGUUUAUUUCGGAAGUAGUGGUAUAUGGUAUAGUAUGGUUCUUCAUAUCAUAUCAGUACUUUGACAAAAAAAAAAAACUAUGCAAAAAUAUUCUUUUAAAGAUACUGUAUUUUAGAUAUUUACAUUUGUAUAGCAUGUAUCGGUGGAGGAGAUUUGCACUCGUUUAGAGCACAUCAACAGAAGUAAAACACAAAGACGUCCGGUGUGCUGUAUUUCUAUUGAUUUCAUUGUUGCGAUUUCUUAUGUGACGUUGAUGUUAUUUUCCCGAAAAUUUUAAACCCCGACACGUGCACAUUGCGUCAAUUUACUGCGUUAUUGGUCAAACAUGAAACCGAAAUAUGACCCACGCCUGUAAUAAACGUAAAUAACCAGGGCGUAUCUAUGUGUUAGAUUAUAAAUAGGUAAUUUGUCUGUUAUUGUCACCUAUGGAGUGAUAACAAAGUGUAUUUUAUCUUUACUGAGCUACGAUCAAAUGUUGUUAUUUUUCUUUAUCUUUAUAUGCAAAUAUUACAACUGUCUCUGAACCAUUAAUCAGAAAUUUAAAAUUGUUUUUUUUUAAACUUAUUUUUCUAAAAGUUUCUUCCGAUAUAUUGACUAAUAGUUUGUUAAAAUAACGGCCUGCGAUAUAUAACGGG